AGCAGUCGAUCUCGAGGUGUGUGUAUUGACACAGAGUGUGUGAUCAGCCCGGUCGCAGUAGACUUUCAGAAGUGAUGGCGCUAAGAAGAGCACUGCAUUUUGUUUUUAAAGUAGGAGACAGGACCAAAACAGCCACUUUUUACAGAGAUGUCUUGGGAAUGAAGAUUCUGCGUCAUGAAGAAUUUGUGGAGGGCUGCAAAGCAACCUGCAACGGUCCAUAUGAUGGGAAAUGGAGUAAAACCAUGGUGGGCUUCGGCCCAGAAGAUGACCACUUCGUUGCAGAGCUGACCUAUAACUAUGGAGUGGGUGAAUACCGCCUUGGCAAUGACUUUCUGGGCCUCACUCUGCAGUCCAGUCAGGCUGUGAGAAACGCUAAGAAGCUGAACUGGCCUCUCACGCAAGUCGAAGAGUCUCUCUACGUGACUGAAGCUCCGGGAGGAUACCGCUUCUACCUCAUAGACGAGGAACAGCCGAGCUGUGAUCCUGUCCAGAAAGUCUCCCUGGCGGUGUCUGAUCUGCAGCGGUCUGUUCAUUAUUGGUCUGCUCUGCUGGGAAUGAAGGUUAUUGAGAAAAACGAGGACAAAAAGUUUGCCUUGAUGGGAUUCUCAGACAAUCAGUUUAAGCUGGAGUUACAGGACAUCGGAGGCGCCGUGGAUCAUGGGACGGCUUUCGGAAGGAUGGCGUUCGCUUGCCCUCGGGACCAGUUACCAGACGUGGAAGCGCUAAUGAAAAAAGAAAAGCAGAAAAUCCUCACCCCUCUCGUGAGUCUGGACACACCUGGAAAAGCCACGGUGGAAGUCGUCAUUCUUGCAGAUCCUGAUGGCCAUGAGAUCUGCUUCGUGGGCGAUGAGGCGUUCAGGCAGCUUUCUGCUGUGGACCCAAAGGGCAGUCAAUUACUGGAUGAGGCCAUGGCUGCAGAUAAGAGCGACGAGUGGUUUUCCAAACACAACAAGCAGAAGGCUUCGGCUUGAAAAGACCCGGCAUGUUCAAUCAACCGCAUUUUGGUUAUUACGCAUGAAAGUCGAGCAUCUCUCAACUUUUAGACGUGGCGAAAAAUAUGUAUAUUUGUGUAAUUAUAAAAAUUAAAUCUUCACGAUUGUGUUUUUUUUUUAUGUAAAUGGGUUUGAUAAAUAAAGGGGAAGUGUAAUGUUA